UAAAUCCCUGGUGACGCUUCACAAUCGUUUCAUAGUGUUUCUUCUGUUCCUUCAUGCGAUUGGCGGAAUUUGCCUUUUCUGCGCGAAUGGUCUUUUGUUUUUCGAUUCGAAGAAAGUCUUUGAUAAAGCUCGAGUUUAAUUGACAUUCGAAAUGAGAUACAACAAGGCAUCCAUUUAUAAACAAAAGGACGUAAUAACUACAGUUAAGAACACACACAGAUGCGGUGGAGACCCGCCGGUCAUAACCGUGUACGGAGCUAUACACAAGGAAAUGGUCAAAUUACUCAAUGAGCUAAUUGGCCAUAAUACAUUCUUUGUGCAAAAAAAGCCUAAAAAUCUGGCCACUGUACUUUUAUUAAAUCUAAAACAUCUUUUCAAAGCCCGCAAUGCGCUUCUAGAGAGUGGAAUAGAUGUUGUGAUGCACACAUUGGAAGAUGCAUGUGACUAUAGAAGGACAAUGACCGCAGAAGGCUAUAAACCAGCCAUAUCAUUGUAUGGAGCUAGAAUUAAGAAAGUGGUUAAAGUAUUGACCCGUGCUCUGGGCCCAAAGAAGUUCUUUGUCAGCGUGAAUGAGGAAUAUGUGGUGGCUAUACAUCUGUCCUUUAUGCCAUCGUUUAGUGUGGUUUGCAAUGAAUUAAUCGAAAGAAACUACAAUAUCAAUACUUCAGAUACAUUCCUGAUCGAUGAACGAAUAUUCAAGGCAGAGGAGUCAUUGCGGACUAGUAAAUGUUUCAGUUGUCAAGAGCUUGGACACUUUUCGGCAAAUUGUAAAUUUCUGAAUGCGCAGAUUUUGGCACGGGAAAAUGAAAAAAACAUGGCAGAGGCUGAAGAUUAUGAAGAAGAAUCUGGAGACCUGGUGGAGUAUGUAGAGCCUGAAGACCUGAUAGAGAAUGAAGAAUCUGAAGAAAUGGCGGAGGAUGAAGAAUCUGAAAACGUGACAGAGUAUGAAGAAUCUAAAGACGUUGCAGAGGAAGAAGAACCUGAAAACGUGGCAGUGGAAGAAGUAUCUGAAAACCUUGAAGAGGAAGAAGAAUCUGAAAAACUUGCCGAAAAAGAAGAAGAAUCUGAAAUCGUGACAGAGGAAUUUAAAAACACGAAAGAAAACAAUGAAAUCCCACCAGAAGAAACUGAAAAUGAGGCAGAGAUUUCCUACACAUCCACUACUUCUGCUAGCUCUUUGGAAACCAUAGUAGCUCCCCCGAAAGUAAGCAGAUCAGCGACCAUGCUUGAGGCCUGCACCAGAAGAUAUGGGGAAAAUUUCUUGGAAACCUUUGCUUUGUUAAGGCAGUUUGCACCUGAAUUCCAUAGAAUUUCCCAGGAAAAGGGAGAAGACGCAGCCAUGAGGGCACUACAAUAUAAGUUGCUAAGUGUUGAAAUUUAAUUAAUAAUAUUUUGGAAAUAUAAUA